AUGAAAUAUCUAUUGGUAAUUUCUUUCCUCUUUUUGUUGGUUCGCUAUGUGGAGGGGGAUCUUCCCAUACACGCUUUGAUGGGAGAUGUAGCAGGCAUUUGGGACAUCAGCCAGACGGAGGAACUGAGCGACAAGCCGGAACACUGCGGGGGAGGGAUUCCCAACCGAAAUUUCCAAAAUUUGGAUCCGCAAUUGAAAAAGUAUGAAAGAUUUUUAGAAAAUAACUACGGAGGGAUGGAGACCACAUCAAUGAAGCUAACCACAGAAAAAAUUAAUUUGACAGACAAACUCAAUCAGAGGAAUAACUGGACCUACUUGGCAGUGAGGGAUGCGAACACUAAUGGGAUCAUCGGGCACUGGACUAUGGUUUAUGAUGAAGGGUUCGAAGUAAGGGUUCCCGGAAGGCGAUACUUCGCUUUAUUCAAAUAUGAACGGACCAACUCCAAAAAAUGUCCUGAGCCGAUAGAAAACAAGGAUUCUACAGAUAGCAACUGUUAUAUAACAGAUCCUACAAGAACGUUGCUUGGAUGGGUUCUCCAUGAACGGGUUCAUGAGAAUGAUAAAAAGAAAAAAGUUUUUCAGUGGGGAUGCUUCUACGGACGAAAGCAGGAAGAUGUGGGUAUCUCCUCCUUUGUCAUUCACGGUGCGCAUAGCAGUCCGCCUAGUACAGAGGAACGUGAGAAGUCGAUGGGUUCUUCUACUUGGACAGGAGGGAAUAUAUUAUUACCCACAGAGAAACAACUCAGUUUUGCUUCUAUCAAGCAGAGGUCGAAUUAUACGAAGAUAAGGCUGUCCUCGGGGAGUCCACACGGUGUUCCCAAGACGAGUUUGAUGAGCAUUUACCAACGCACAAAGGAACGAAUUUUUGGAUGCCGAAAGGAAGACAGCGAAGAGGUGAAGAUUCGCUUGACCCUCCCGAAGGCAUUUACCUGGGGCGAUCCAUUCAGCGAUGACAAUUUUGAGGAAGACGUGGAGGACCAAAUGAACUGCGGAAGUUGCUACUCCAUUGCGACUCUCUACAGUCUUCAAAAAAGAUUUGAAAUUGGUCUUUUUAAAAAAUACAGAAAAAAAAUAACUGUUCCAAAAUUGUCUUACCAGUCUAUUCUGAGUUGUUCGCCAUACAACCAGGGGUGUGAUGGAGGGUUUCCUUUUCUCGUGGGUAAACAUUUGUACGAGUUUGGUAUUCCAGCGGAAGAUUCUUUUCCUUACGGAAUGAGUGAUUCCAUCAAGUGUGAAAUGAGUAUGGGUUCUUACAACAACAUCACGUCUACAACUUACAAAGAGAAGGAUCUUUUUUUUGUAGGAGAGUAUAAUUAUGUUAGUGGUUGUUAUGAAUGCUCCAAUGAGUUUGACAUGAUGAAAGAGAUUUAUUCAAAUGGACCCAUCGUGGUUGCAAUAAAUGCUACUGCACAGUUACUUGGUUUGUACAAAUUAGGAAAGCAAAAUAGUAUGUACGACAUCGCUACGCAUGAAAAUAAGGUUUGCGACAUACCAAAUGAGGGUUUCAAUGGAUGGCAGCAGACCAACCAUGCUGUGACCAUUGUUGGAUGGGGGGAAGUAGAGAAAGAACAGGAAGGAGGUAACUUGAUUAAAUACUGGGUGGUGCGAAAUACUUGGGGUAAGACAUGGGGUUAUAAGGGAUACAUCAAGUUCCAGCGGGGCGUGAACCUCGCCGGAAUUGAGACGCAGGCGGUUUUCCUGGACCCAGACUUAUCGCGUGGCCGGGCGGGCAACAUAAGCGGGGAAGAGAGGUAA